GUAACCAAGGUAUACUGACUAUUUCCUGCAGACAAAUGAUCAGCUAAAUUUCUCCACAUUUCAACAUCCUACCACUACUUUUUUCUCGAAUUCGGUUUUAUCGUCCUUUAGCAUUGCCAAUAGGCUGAGAUCCCCUAUCCUUAUAUCGACGCCCAAGAUGUCUGGCAGCCACGCAAGACUGACGGCCGGUUCAGCAAGUCGUCUCUUUGCCGCAUCACAAAAGAAACCCCUGACCGCCCGCUCUCUCGCAACGGCAUCAUCGCCAUUACCAGUCAGCUCAGCCGGUCGGCUACACAAGGUAGUGGUCGUUGGCGCCGGCAGCGCCGGUCUAUCCGUCAGCCAUCAGCUCCUGCGCUCGGGUAAAUUCACACAGGAUGAAAUCGCCGUGAUCGACCCCGCAGCAUGGCACCACUACCAGCCCGGCUGGACACUUGUCGGCGGCGGUCUCAAGAAGAAGGAGGACCUGCGAAAACCGAUCAGCAGCCUGAUCGACCCGAAGCUCAAAUUCUACAACCACGGCGUGGACGCCCUGUCGCCAGGCGACAACGCCGUGACGCUCGCAAACGGCACGACCAUCACCUACGAACACCUCGUCGUCGUUCCCGGCAUCAACAUCAACUACGGCAGCGUCGCCGGGCUGCCCGAGGCGCUCGCGGACCCUAAUUCCACCGUGUCGUCCAUCUACGGCUACGACACCUGCGACAAGACCUUCCGCACCAUCCGCGCCCUCCAAAAGGGCAACGCCAUCUUCACCCAGCCGACAGGCGUGAUCAAAUGCGCCGGCGCCCCGCAGAAAGCCAUGUGGCUCGCGUUGGACUACUGGAAACGAGCUGGCCUCUACAACCCGACCAACCCCUCUGACGCACCGAUCAAGAUCAGCUUCGCGACCGGCCUUCCCGUCAUGUUCGGCGUGCCCAAAUACAAUGCGAAACUAGAAGAGAUGCGCCAAGAGCGCAACGUCGAGGGGCUUUUCCAGCACGACCUCGUCGCAAUCGACGGCAAAGACGCCGUAUUCGCCCGUCCCGAAGGACAAGGACAAGUCACCAAACCGUUUGAUCUCCUGCACGUCACGCCCAAAAUGGGGCCCUACGCGUUCGUCAAGAACAGCGCCCUCGCCGACGGCGCCGGCUACGUCGACGUCGACCAGAGCAGCACCCGCCACAACACAUACCCCAACGUCUGGUCCGCCGGCGACGCCUCCAGCCUGCCCACCUCCCGCACCGCCGCCGCAAUCACCUCCCAGGCCCCCGUCCUCGUGCACAACCUCCUGCAGACCCUGGCCGGCAAGGAACCCGCCGCGGUCUAUGACGGAUACACGUCCUGCCCGCUCCUGACAGAGUACGGAAAGGUUCUUCUUGCAGAGUUCAAGUAUGGCGGCGAACCGAAAGAGACGUUUAACAACUGGUUCGGCAUCGACCAGGCCACCCCCCGCCGCUCGUUUUAUCAUCUGAAGAAGGAUUUCUUCCCCUGGGUAUACCUCAAUUUCAUGGUCAAGGGCACGUGGGGCGGUCCGAAUGGCUGGAUUCGCUAGAUUUGGACAGUCUUGCCUUGUUGGAUGUCCGUGUAUUUACUCCUGGAUAGAUCGCGUGUAUACUCUUGAUGGAUCACCACCUGUAGACUACUAUUCCUGAUUUUUUGUCGAUAGGGUAGACGGGUAGAGUAUGUUUUGUCAAUAGGGAUGGAUGAGAGGCAUGCUGCGUGCUGCGUGCUGCAUCCUGCUUGCCGCAUGCAAUACAUACCUUGAAAAAUUGGAUGUUAACACUUUCUUACACUAGAAUUAUUUAGAGCCAUUCGAUAUGUAGAAAAGAGCGAUGAUUACUACAAUAGAUAAAAUUAUAGGUCAAGAAGUAUAUAUUAAAAUAUAUUAUAUUACCGGUG